GAGCAUUUGGCCGAGUUUAUUCAUGUAAGAGUGAUGGAAGAGGUCCAGUCAAAUCAGACCGAUUUUGAUGCAGAUCCAGUUCCCACUGUUCCUCGACCUCAACAUUUCUAUGUUUUUAGCCGUAAUGACGGACAUCACAUUCGUAAAAUUUUUCUGCAUGAGACUAUGUUGACAGCGCAGAGCGCAAUGACCAAAGAUGACCACCUUAUUAUUUUCUUUGAUACGGAACCGCCACAACUGCGGGAAGAAAAAUCUAGCGUACUCGAGAACGUUGUUCAUGCACAUUUUCUCAGUCUUCCCCAUGUGUAG